GUGUAUUAAUGAUGGAUGUAAAUUACAGUUGGAUCUGCAAUUUGUUAUCAGAAUGAUGUGAUUACUUCAUUUUCUGUUGGAGUUUUUCUGGGUAUGAUUUUGUGGGUAGUUACAUGCUUAUAUUCAUUAUUUGCUUCUGUAUUUUAGAUUUAGGUUAUGGGUUUUUGUUUGGUUUUGAAGUGUGUUUGGGAACUAGUAUUUUGAUCAGAAAAACCCAGUAAAUGGUGAUGAAAAAUAGGAAUUUGAGAGUUAAACUGAUUUUGAUUGAACAAGAAAGGAAAACAAAGUUAAACAUGAAAAGAACACAUUUCUUAUGUUUUAAUGUUUGCUGGCCAAUAAAUGUAUAAAAUCAUGUAAAUCAGUUACUUUUCAUGGUAUUCUGAAUUAGAAAGUUAGUAAAUUCCCACUGAUUAGUGAAGUAUUUUGGUUUGUAUUUGGGUACAUUAUUGUCAUUCUUAAAUAAUGGAGUAUUGCAAUAGUAUACGAAGUGUAUUCCGUUUUGUUAUUGAAUAGUUUGGUCAUGUGCAAAGAAGAUUGGAAAAUGCACUAGUUAAAGGAGAAAGGGGUGAUAAACAACAUAGAGAGUUGGGAUUUUAAUGACCAUACAGCAAAUGAUAGAAAUGAAUGGUUAAGGAAAGUAUAUGUUGAUGUUCAAUGGAAUCAAAUUUUUAGUUUGCAAAUUAGAAUAAGAUAAUGAAUGAAUUAUAAUCAAUGUCACUGAAGAUCUCCCAUGUUGAUUUUUUAGGCAACUCCAAGUUUAUGAAAUACUAUGGAAGCUUCUUCUUGAGUUGAAAGGUUUUCUUGUACUUUGUGGUUUGGAUCUUUGUUGUUGAAAACGACUACAACAAAAUGCAAAAGCCUUAUUUCUAACAAUAUUGGGAAACAAUUUAAAAGGACUAAUUUGUUUAUAAUUAACAAAUUGAGACUUUUUGAUAGAAGAUUUAUACGGACUCUAUAGUUUUGUUUUGGUUGAGCAACUAUAUUGUUUAAAUUUUCUCAAGCAAACUUCAAUCAUGUCCUUUGGUGGGAUGCAAAAUGUCGGGUUUUUCUUUCACAUAAUAGCUUGCUUUGAGAAUUUAGGUGGAGAAAAUUUAUUAACUCUGUUUGUUGUUCAUCUUGAUUUGAGAAAAUUUCUUGGUUGAUUGACAAAAGGGUCAAUAUCAUGUCAGUUUUCUCAUGGAAGGGAGUUGUGAUUUUUGCUUCUUAUGAGUGCUCUUGGCGUGUUAUAAACUACUAGGUCAAGUAUUAAUUGUAUCUAUUGAAGAGUGAUGUACAAGGUAAAUUGAUUUACAAAUCAUGACUAUUUGAUGAACUUAGCUGGGAAUGAAGAAAGUGAGCCUUAUAUUAGUACGUGAUUGGGAUGUGUGAAGUGGCCAUUGGCGGAUUGCUAUUGGGAUUUGGAACCCUCCAACAGCUGAAAAUUUUUGUAUGGGAGUUAUCUGGGUUUUGGAUCCACAAAAACAACCUAAGAUUCCUGGUCUUGCCGGCCAAAAUAAAAAGAGGGAAAUUGUGGAGGUUUCUCCUGUCCGCAAACUUGCUAAAGUCAAAGACCGUACACUUAUUCUGACUGAAGCAGAUGGUUCACUCUCAAAAAUACUCUUGAAGGGCUGUAAAGUAGUUGCAGUAUCUGCAACAAGCUUACCUGGAAGAAAAUGGGCAAAACGAUAUCCAAUCAAAGUAGAAAGCAAAAAUGCAGUUUUGUACCAAGGGAGUAAGGUUUUUUAUAUUUAUGCAGAAACCUCAUGGGAGAAAGAAUCUUGGUGCAAAGCUCUUCGUCUAGCUUCGUCAGAUGAUAAAGAAAGGCUACUCUGGUUUUCUAAAUUGAAUGAAGAAUUUCGAGACUAUUUGAAAUCAUUAUGUGAAGGAUAUCCUUCUCUUAUAAAGCCUUCUGGUGGCUGUUACUUGGGGACCCCGGAUAAGGCUAACCAGCUUGAUGAACCCCUGUCAAAAGUACGUCAAUUUUGGAGAAAGCUUUCGAGGAAAACUUCUUUGCCAAGUCUUGAUGAGAAAAGGAUCUCUAAUAAGUCUCACAUUUUUCAAGAUCAUGUUUCUAUACCAAGUACUUCAAAAACUUCUAUCAUGGGAAAGUUGCGAAAUGAAUGCGAUGAAGACAGCUCUUCUGUUUCUUUCAAGGGAUCGACUCGCUCAGGGAGUUCAACUCAUGGAUCUGAGAUAUCUGAGGCAGAGACUGCUGAGAAAUCCGUUAUCGAUGAGGGCACACUCUGCUGGAAUUUACUGCUUUCUAGGUUAUUUUUUGAUGCCAAAAGCAAUGUGGAUAUUAAAGCUGCUUUGAAGGCUCGGAUUCAGAGAUCGCUCUCAACUAUCAGAAUUCCCUCAUAUAUUGGUGAAAUAACCUGCACGGACGCAUAUCCUGGUAAUCUUCCCCCUUAUAUCCAUGGGAUGAGGGCUGUUCCUAUGGACAUGAAUGAUGUUUGGGCCAUCGAAAUGGACAUAGAAUAUUCUGGUGGAGUGGUUUUAAAUAUAGAAACCAGACUUGAAGUACGUGAACUAGAUUCCCAAAAUGACUUGCUGGACCACAAUAUUGAAACAAGUUCUCUUGGAGAGGAAACAGCUGAUCUUCUGGAGGAUUUUAAGCACUUGCAGGAGGAUUUGAAGCUUUCUGUUGGUAAUAAUGAUGCUUCGGAGCAAAAGGAUUCAGAAGAUUCUAAAUUUGAUAUGCUGAGGAGUUCCAGGACAGGUUCUUCGACUGCAAACCCUGGUUCUAGGUGGAAGUCUCUUUUGAAUUCUGUUGCCAAGCAUGUAUCUCAGGUACCUCUUACAUUGGCUAUACGGGUUGCAACAUUGAGAGGAACAAUCCAGUUGCAUAUGAAACCACCACCUUCUGAUCAGAUUUGGUUCGGCUUCACUUGCAUGCCCGAUAUACAAUUCGAAUUGGAAUCCUCUGUUAGAGAUCACAAAGUCACCAAUGGACGUGUAGCUUCGUUUUUGAUAAAUCGGUUUAAGGCAUCGAUUCGAGAUACAUUGGUACUUCCAAAUUGUGAAAGUCUAUGUGUUUCAUGGAUGCUAGCCGAGAAAGAUGAUUGGGUCCCGCGUAAUGCUGCGCCACUGUUGUGGCUGAAUCGAGAAGCGCCAUCCGAUACUCUUUCAAACGACGGGUCUAAAGGCAAAAGAACGGAUGAUAGGGAUCUAGAGAGCAAGGAAGGGAAGCUAAAGAGAGUUGAUUCCGGAAAACAAUCUAUAAACGAAGAAAGCGGAGUAAUUAUCCCUUCGGCCACAACUAUCCAGAGAAGUUCUUCGGAAGGCAGUGUUCCGUCUCAAGACUUGAAAGUCCCAUUGUUACAAAACGGAGAAGCACAAGAUUUGACUGUGCCGAGAAAACUGGAGAAUCCCGAAUCUCAUUUGCCUACAAGAUAUGUUAGCUUGAAAGAAGAACAAACCAAUUGUGAAGACGAUGAUUCUAAACCUAAGAAGGUGGGAAGAAGAGCUCGGAUGCUUGAUUUGGGUAAGAAAAUGGGAGAGAAACUCGAAGAGAAGAGGCGUCAUAUAGAAGAAAAAGGUAGGCAUAUUGUCGAAAAGAUGCGAGGGCCAUGAGGAUUAUUGUCUAGUAACGUAUUCUUUCGAUUAUUCUUGCGGCUUGAUCUCGAGUUCCAACUGUGUAGUCCAUUAUGUUGUGUAAAUCUGUGAGCAAGGUUUGAAAGGGUAAAAGUUCAAGUGUAUAGGAACUUAUGUAGUAUACACAUUAAUGCUAGGUUGGAGCCCCAGAUAUACUUGUGCUGUGAGGCAAUAUUGUUGUAGCCUGGCUUGCUAUGAAUCACUUUCCUUUUAAAAAGUGUUAUAUUGGGGUAACGUCGGAGAAUUUCUUACAGAUGAUGAGAAUUAAACUUCUGUUAGAAUUUUUUUAAAUACUUCUGCUUGGUAAUAAACCAUUACAGUUA